AUGUCUUUCUCAUUGAGAAUCCAUACAUACUCGGGUCCAUUGCUUAGCGAUGACGACAGUGAUGAGGAGCUCAUGGCUAUCAUGAAAGAUUGUAUCGAGCUCGAUGAGGCCGAACCGUCCCAGAAAUUAACUCGGGAACCGGUUUAUAGAGAUCGGUAUGGGACUGCUGACCAACUCAUGAUAGAUUAUUUCAUUGAAGACUCAACGUUUGCGCCACACCAUUUUAGGCGGCGUUUUCGAAUGAGAAAGAACUUGUUCAUGCGCAUCAUUCGCGAUAUACAAAGCUACUUUUUGUCUCCAAAACCAAGACAUUUUACCCGAAUGGAAGACUUACGUGUCGAUGCAAGAAAAAGGUUGGUUUUAGUACCAUCCAUAAAUGUGUAUCUGCCAUACGACAACUGGCCUGAGUAUUUGCGAAGACCCACACCGGAUGACAUACAACGUUUGCUAGGCAAACACGAAGAACUUCAUGGGUUUCCGGGGAUGUUAGAAAGCAUCGAUUGGCAAUACACUCGUGGUGAUAAAGGACGUCCAACCAUCAUACUUGAAGCGGUUGCGUCUUAUGAUUUAUGGAUAUGGCAUGCAUAUUUUGGCGCUGCAGGAUCUAACAACGACAUAAACGUCCUGAAUCAGUCAAAUUUGUUUAGGGAAAUAAUUGAGGAUACGGCUCCCGACACUCCAUUUAACGUUAACGGGACCGAAUAUAAGAAGACAUACUACCUUGCUGAUGACAUUUAUCCAGAGUGGUCUAUGUUUGUGAAAUCGUUCUCAUGCUCGCAAGACGAGAAAAGGAAGAAGUUUAAGAAGUACCAAGAAAGUGCUCGAAAAGAUGUUGAGCGGGAAUUCGGAGUUCUUCAAGGUCGAUGGGAGAUACUUCAGGCACCGGCAGAAGCCAUGAGUGUUAAUAAGAUUCGCCGAACCAUGUAUGCGUGUGUUAUGUUGCAUAACAUGAUUGUUGAGGAUUCGAGAUAUGCCAUAACCUCUUACGAAGAGAAUUUCAUUAACGAGCCACGUAACCUACCACGACGAACAUUCGAGGAGAGGCUAAAGGUGCAUGAGCGGACCAUUAAGGAACUUCGAGACCGACACGUCCACCAUUCUCUACGUCAUGAUCUCGUCGAGCAUAUUUGGAGUCUUCCUUAA